AUGACAACACUCGGUCUGGGUCCGCUUUGUGCAGAAUGCAUAAGCAUUGUCAAGGAAAUUCCACCUAUGCUGCUGUUUGGGCUUUUAUUCUCUUGUCUAUUAGGACUACUUAGUCUAGCCUAUAUUCUCCUCCUGAUCAUAGCACCGGCUCCGCGAGCACCGUUCCCCGAAGAGAAGCAGUACAAAGCCAUUUUGGAAGAUGGGUCUGUUGCAAAAGAGCAACAGCUACCCUGCUGGCGAGAUAAGAUCAAUCUUGACACGUACAAGCGGUCGGAUCUCGAGGAACCAACACUUUUCAUGUCCGUUGUUAUACCAGCGUAUAACGAAGAGAAGCGACUCCCUGGCAUGUUGGAGGAGGCUGUCAAUUAUUUAGAGCGUACAUAUGGGACAUCACAACUAUCAAGCCAAGCAGAGAAAGUAAAAGCUAGUGCGCUACAGUCGUUAGAGAACGAAGAUCAAAAUGGUACCCGGCUUCGGCAAAAGGUAAACGGCAAGACGGGAUCUCUUACCGAUAAACAUGCAAAUUCACCGUUAACAGGCUGGGAGAUAUUGAUUGUCUCUGAUGGUUCAACUGAUAAAACCGUGGAAACGGCGUUGGGCUUUGCUAAAGAUCACCAGCUCUCGGUUCAUCCAAAGGGCCAUGCAGGGCCAUGGACCCCGAAAUCGAAAGAAGGCGUAAAAAUCCCUGCUGGAAGUAUACGGGUCAUUGAAUUGACGCAAAACAGGGGAAAGGGAGGAGCGGUGACGCAUGGCAUGCGUCAUGUUCGAGGACAAUAUGCCAUCUUUGCCGAUGCGGAUGGGGCAAGCAACUUCAACGAUCUCGGUAAAUUGGUGGAAGCGUGCCAGAAAAUAGAAGAUUCUGAUCACCGUGUCGUGGCCGUGGGGUCAAGAGCACAUCUUGUAGGAAGUGAUGUUGUUGUUAAGCGCUCUAAGCUCCGAAACUUUCUAAUGCACUCCUUCCACCUAGCACUCCGCCUUCUCACACCCCCGGCAACUGCUAGAAUUAACGACACCCAGUGCGGCUUCAAACUGUUCUCUCGGGCAAGUCUACCAUAUAUUAUACCCUACAUGCAUUCAGAAGGCUGGAUCUUCGAUGUUGAAAUGCUCAUGUUGGCCGAGUUCGCCAACAUUCCCGUCGCUGAGGUACCUAUCGGAUGGAAGGAGGUGUCCGGUAGCAAGCUGAGUGUUGUCUGGGAUAGCUUGGGUAUGGCCUAUGGAUUGGCUAUACUUCGAGCUGCAUGGGGCUUUGGCGUUUAUACACGCGCUGGAGCUUAA